AUAUGGACAGGGUUUUAUAUAAGGGUGACUCUUUCAUCUCAGCUGCGGGGAAGAAGGAACGUCGCAGAGCCUUGAGGAGCCCAGAGGAGCUUGAGUGGAGCCAAGACCCUGUCUCAGCUGGCUGUGGCUGAUUCAGCAGGGGAAUCUUCUGGAGAUGACGGUAUUGAAGCUUUUUGGAAUCAUCUUUUUCUGUGGCCUCCUCUCGCCCUCUCAGGAAGUCUUGUCUGGCCUGUCCUGCGCUGUCAGUCCGAGGGCCAUGCAGAAUGUUCUCUCAGAUGCCAUAAUUCAUAAUGGGCUUCUCCAGCAGCACCUGCAGGGCCUCGUGCUCCCCAACAUCAUGGGUGAAGGGGGUCUGCUGAACUCUCCCACCAGCAUCACAGGCCUGCACCUCGUCCAGGUCCGGCUGCCCAGGCUGUCGGUGGUGCUGCUGCCAGGGAUCGGGGUCCAGCUGACCAUCGGGGCAAAGCUGCAGCUCAGCGGCAAAUGCUUGGUUGGCCUGCUCUCAGAACUAAUUGAUAUCUUAGUGGAUGUGAACAUUACCGCAAACAUUAAAUGCACGAAUUUUGAAUCUGGCACAGUCCAGGUUGUCACUGAAGACUGCCUCUGCAUUCUUGGGGCCAUAAAGAUCAAGGUCCUUUCUGGCUUGCUCACCCUGUCAGUGAAUGAGAUGGUGCUUCGUCAGCUGACAGCAACUCUGCCUGCUUUGCUCUGUCCUGUGGUUGACAUCGUGAUGAACCUCGUGAACAUCCAGCUCCUGGGCACUCUCAAUGCUGUCAUCCCAGUUGGCACGGCAGGAACGAUCCACUACCAGCUGGCCAGCAUCCCCUAUACCUCUGGCAAGUUCCUUGGCCUGGAUUUAGAUGGUGCAGUGAAGCAGGUGGGAGGCAUCACCAUCCCCCACGACUCAUCCCCCUCCGCUUUGCCUCCACUGAUGGACAGGCUCCUGCUCAUGGUGAUGCGCCAGAGCUUCGUCAAUGCCAUGCUGACCCUCCUGCUCCGGAUGCCGCCACAGACCUUCCCCUGCACACCAGAUAUUUUCUCUGGUGCCAACCGUCUGCACGAGACCUUGUGGACCAUCGCUCCUGCUGGGUGCUCCACCUGCCGUGGGACCAGCCCUGUGAACAUCAGGCUGACCUUGGGUGGGAACCCACUCAUCCUCUUGGAAGAAAACAAAGCCAGUGUCAAGCUUUCCGUCUUGGUCCAGGUGUUCCUUAACCGUUUAGAUGGAUCCGUCCUCAACCUCCUGCUGCUGAAGGCCGACCUUGGUCUAAACGUCCGCGUGUCGAUUGUGGGAGGCAGGCUGGUGCUGCGGCUGGCCCUGCGCAGCACCUCCCUCUCCUUGGAGUCUUCCGAUGUUGGCAUCAGUAAUAUCUCGAUCCUGAAGCCCCACUGCAGCAGUCUGCUCAUGGAAACAUUACUGCCUGUGAUGAAUGGUGCCCUGAGCAUCGGGAUCCCACUGCCAAACGUGCUGGGCAUUCCCUUAAUAAAGGUGGAUGUGCACAUAUUAGCGGGCCUGAUCGUGCUUCUGGUGUGAGCUGGGGAGUGCAAGGCACAGAGGGGUCUGCGGGGACAGAGAGAGCAAGAGACCAGCGAGGACAGAACACCAGGGCCAGCAUUAUCUGCUUUUCUUUCCUAAACUUGAUUCAAGAUUAUUGAUAAUAUUUAAGACACUCUAAAGUAAAUUGGCUCGUGUGAGUACAGCGACACUUGCAUAAGCCAAACCCGAUUGGCCGCUCUGUGUACAAAUAUUUAUUUAGAGAAGUUGGUGUGAUUUUGGGGUCACAGUCACAGCAGCUGCGUGUGAUGCUGCAGUGGAAUUGGGAAAUUUGUUCUGAGGUCAAACUCUUCCUGAUGGAAAAAAGAAGUGAACUUGUUGCAUGUGGCUUCCGAAGCGAAUAUCCCCAUCCAGGUUUGGGAGGGUGUGAA